AUAUAUCCGUUAUGACAUUUGUCACACUGGAUUGACUGUGUUUGGCUUAUAUGUCUUUAUCCUGAUGGUAGUUCGGUGCCUUGCGCAGUCCGUGCUCUGCAAACUUGACCUCUCACUCUUUGUAGACUGGGCUCCUUGUGAGGGCCACAUCGUAGUCCUCUUUGUGUCUGAUAUCAUCCUUGGUGCAUAGCAGGUGUAUGGUACACGUUAGGCUUUUCCACUUAGUGUACAUCAAGGACAUAAGAAAAUGUGAGUCGCUCUGCCAGAGUUCCCAGACCCUGCUUGGAGAAUGAGGACUCACUUUUUGGGAGUCCAGCUGCACACUCCUCGACUCACUUUUGGAGCAGGGUGCUCAGAUGUCAAGUGCAAUGAUGGUAGAGUCAGCAGCCAUAGCAGUUCUGUACCACAGCCCUGACACUAGAGGAUUGUUUCCUCCAAGUAGAUCACAGUCACGUAUUUGUUUAAUCGGCCUCAUACUGUUACGAGUUGAGAUCAGAUCCAUCUUAACUAAGAAAGUGAAUUACAGACCUAAUCCUGUGUUUGUAGUGCUUACAAAUACUUAAGUGCUUUUUCAUCAUUUAUUUUGGUUUUCCUAAACCUGUGAGCUAAUGUGCCAGGACUAGUAAGUUGAAAUUUUAGGGAGAUAAAUUUGGCUUGAUAGAAGCACUUUCUAUCACAAGAGCCAUUCCUUGCUGUACUGCAUUUGGGAAGCCCUGAGCUCCUUAUCAAGCCAAGGUUGGAUGUCUGUUGACCAGGGAACCUGGAAAGUCAGUCCCUGGGCAGGAGAUGAAGUUGCAUUAGAGCACCUAAAAAGUUCUUUGCUUUUGAGUUGUUCAACAAAGAAUCACUGAGCACCAGCCACAGACCGGGGUCUGUGCUGGGCUCUGGAAAUACAGUGGUGACCACAGAGAACCAGCAGCUGCCUUCGUAGAAUUUAUAGACUACAGCUGAACUGUCUAGUGUGGUAGCCACUAGCCAUAUAUGGCUACCUAUGUUUAAAUUAAUUAAAAUAAAAUACAGUUUAAAAUUCAGUUUCUUGGGGCGCCUGGCUGGCUCAGUCAGUGGAGUAUGCGACUCUUGAUCUCAGGAUUGUGAGUUUGAGCCCCAUGCUGGGUGCAGAGAUGACUUAAAAAAAAAAUCUUUAAAAAUAAAAGAAAAUUGAGUUUCUCAUUCACAGAAGCCUCAUUUCCAAUGCUCAGUAGACACACGUGACUAGUGGCUGCCUUGUGGACAGCACAGAUACGGUAUGUUCCCUUCACCUCAACAAGUUCUCUUAGGCAGCCUGUGCUGGCCUGCAGAGCUAAGAUUCUGUGUUUUUAGACCGUCUGCGAUUAGCCUUGUUUCACAGUUGGGGCAGCUGAUGCACAGAAAAGCUGUUUGUUUAAGGUCCUGUAGCAGGAUGGGCCUGAGCUGGGAACAGAUCUCUUCUCUUGGAGCGUGGCUCUUCUUGCUGGGAAGUGAGGUGGGGAGUGGACUGACUGAGGGCGUGGUCUCUGCACUCAGGCUGCCUGAGCUCACAUUCUGGCUCUGUCGCUUCCUAGAGCAAGUUACUAAUCUGUGCCUCAGGUGCUUUGCCUGUAAAAUGGAGAAAGUACCUACCUCAUGGCAUUGUGGGUGAUCCAAUAAUGCAAAUCUUUAGAACUGUGCCUGACACGUUCUGCUUGCUAGGUUGAGAAUGAGAAGGUGGAUAGAAGUUAUUGGCGGAGUCAAGGAAGCAUUUUCUUUUUUUAAAUUUAUGUUGUUUUAUUAUUAUUGUUAUUUUUUAAUGUUUAUUUAUUUUUGAGAGAGAGCACGCACAUGUGAGCUGGGGAGGGGCAGAGAGAGAGAGGGGAAACAGAGUAUCUGAAGCAGGUUCUGCACUGACAGCAGCGAGCCUGAUGUGGGGCUCGAUCUCACAAACCAUGAGAUCAUGACCUGAGCUGAAGUCGGACACUCAACUGACUGAGCCACCCAGACACCCCUCAAGGAGACAUUUUCAAAUGGGAGACCAAAAAGUGGAAAAAAGAACAUUGGCAGGCGGGGCUGUGUUUGCAGAGUUGACCAACCACCUGGAGAGGGACACAGAACUGAAUGUUUCUAAGCCACGAGCUGCUCUGGGCAUGAGAGCUGAUAUAAAAAUGCCAGCAUGUUGACAAAGCCCUCUGAGUCCCAGUUCUCAUUGCUGACUUUUGAACAAGGAUCCCUUUGAUGUCCCUUUCCUCCUGGUCUGCUUCUACCCAUGGCCCUUUCUCCUGUCCCCAAACAUUGCUUCUCCCCCUACUGUAUUUCUACCUCGGAGGGGUGAAGUUGCAGACAUUUGCCAUCAUCCCCAUGGAGCAGGGAGAUGUGCCAGAGGCAGAGAGAAGGGACAGAUCCUGGGUCAUUUGGCAGUUGGAUCCUGGCUUUUCUUUGAGGUUUCUGUCGCUUGGCGAUUUGCUCACUCUUUCAAGCAGGUCCAUCUGGUAUGGCAUGGUGCGGCUCCAAGUGCCCUGUUUUGCUGAAUGAGGAGAAAGAGAGCUCUGAUGCUAGCCCCAGGGCUGGGAGGGUGCCCCAUUUCAUAGGUGCAUCCCUGCUUGCACGUGGAACUUUAAAUGCUUUAAUAGCCACGGACUCAUUUCAUCCUUUGAACAGGUAUUGGUGAACAUGUAGACAUGGCCCCUGCCCUCCUUGUGUGUGUGUGUGGGGGGGGGGGGGGUGGUUCCUCCUCAACACCAGGAGCUCAGGGCCCUUGUCUUCCCCAGCAGGUAUUCGGCAGUUUGUUUCGGUUUUGAAGUAGGAAGGUUUUAGUGUGAUGGAGUGCAUGGGCGUGGGGGUUGUGACUGUGCUCUAGACGUGCAUGUCCCACAUGGCAUCUCACUUCACCCAAGCGAGGCACAUAGGGCAGGUAGUAGAGCAGGGCCGGUGACAGACCUGGAGUCAGGUGGCCAGUGAUGGUGGACCCAGGACUGACCUGUGUGGAGACUGUUCCUGGCCACCUGGAUUCUCAACGUGGCAUAAACAUGCUGCCUGAGGACCAAUGAUCAGGGGUACUGAGUACUUGUGCCUUAACCUGUAAGAUUGGCUCUGCCAGUCUCCUUCUCGUUUGUGCCUCGGCUUUCCACCAUUCAUGGAUCAUGUUCUAGCUCAGAGCCGCUGUGACAGGAAUGGGUGCCUAGAAGAUCCCGGAAUUGUCCUCAUGUCAAUGCGCAAACUCAUACUCAUUUUUAUCAUGCCUUAUGCAUCGAUUAUUAACAGCAGAUUGUAGGCCAGCCUUGGAAUUUUGUUUCCCAGUGUCAAGGGUCACAAGGACAUAUCUUUUGAAAUCCAAACAGUUUCCCUUUGUGUGGAGCCUGGCGGCUGUGCCUAGGAGCAGUUUCCUAGGCUGACGCAUAAAUAGAUAAUUCAUUUGCAGAUUGCUUUUCUCCAUGUAGAGUUUGUCUUUAGUGGGGGCAGAGCCAGUGUUGGGUGACUGCUUCCUGUGAGCACAGAAUGAUGGUCAGGGGUUGUAGCUAUUUAUGAUAAAUCGAGGGGGACAAUGUAAACAUUUUCGUGUUAUGUUGAUGUUUGGGAGUCUUUCCCAGGCUCCUGUAACAUAUACACUGCCGCCCCUUCUGUGCUUGCGCCUCUUUUUAUAGACGGUGCGCACAGCAGCCUGGAGAUAGGAGAGGUUCCUGCAGCCAGUGGGGAGGUGAGACAGGCCAGAACUGGAGCUAGGAGAUCUGUCACUGCCCCCGGGGGUCUGGGCAGUGGGCUUGAGAGCAGGCCAGGGAUCUGGGUAGAGAAGCCAAGGCAAAAGUAGGAACUGGGCUGCUUUAAGCAGGACAAAAUGAAUAGUGUCUCCCAAGAAAGAAAACUCUCAACCAGGGAUGGAAAAUAGAGUAGCUGGAGAGAUCUGGGACUUGGGAGGGCCGAGGGCCUAAGCAGGGCUGGAUGGUGGCUGCUGACAGGUUGCCAGGCCUGCGAGCCUGGGCCAAGACAGUCUCAGGCCUUUUAAGACGGUUUUGUGUUUGCUUUGUGGGACCUUUAUGUUGAAUAUGGUGCAUUACUGAGCCAACACUGGCAGGUGUGAGGGGGCGAGGCCCCCCAGGAACUGGGAAAUGUUAGUCAUGUCUGAGCGCUGAUAGAAGAUACGGCUCCUCUUGAAGACAGCUGCAGGAGGAGGCCCCGCAGCCCGCCAGCCUACGUUACAAUCUACGGUCUUGGUUUUGUCUUGAAUUAUUAAGGUCGUGGGCUAUUUCAACACUCACCUGAAGCAUCGUUGUGAAUAAUUUUCCCUUCCUGGGGUCAAAGGAGCUCCAGUAGAGAAGGGGUUUUGUGGCUGUGGUUCUGGACUCCCCAGGUUGUUCCCUCCAGGAAAAUAUACUGGGGCGACCAGGAAAUCCAGAGGUUACCCUUGAUGGCAGUGUGUGCACCUCCUUGGGCUGUCUUGCAGAUUGGUAUUUUUUCUGGGUGUUCCUUUCCAUUGUUGCAAGAAAGAAACAGUGCUGUUAGAAGAUGUAAAAUAUUUAACACUCUCUUUAAAAAAUUAAACUGCCUAGGAGUCUUUGAUUGGUGGUGCCCAUGGCAACAUGCAUGGUUUUCAAGAGUGUCUUCCUAGGGCUUUGGGGCUCCUCAGAAGGGGCGGGGACCCCACUGCUGGCAGGACCGACUGGGAGGCCUACACCACCUGCCUGCUUGGCCCAGAGGCUGGACAGUAUUGGGACUGAGCAACCCCUUCAGAGAUUGGUAGCUAGGGUCUGUUUUGAUAAGUAGGGAGGAGUAAUGGGGAAGAGAACUCGCCAUCCUUUGGGGCUCAUUCAUUCAUUUUGUUUUAUUGGCCUGUUAGUCCCUGGCACUUACGCUUCUCCAUCCAGCCUUUGGACUUCUGCCUGUGCAAUUUUCUUUGCCUGGAGUGUUCUUUCCUCCCUUUGCCUAGGUAGCUCUGGUCAUCCUCAGAUGUCACCUGCAGGAGCAUGUUGCCGGGGAAGCCUUCUGCAGUCCUCUGGAGCAGGUUAAAGCUUCCUGUUGGAGGCUUUCAUGAUUCAGUGGUUCUGGACAGAACAUUCUUCACAGCAUCUGUCUCGGCUGCUUUGUUAGACUUGUUUGGAAAAUCAUUGUUUGUCUGCCCCCCUCCCCCCCUCCCCCCCCACCCCCCCGCCCCAGAAGUCUAUAGGAUCUAUGAUGACAGUGGCCAGGGCUGUUUCUCAUCUACAUUUUGUCCCCAGAGCCCAGCAUGUGCCUGGCCCACAGAAGGGGCUCACUCUCUGAGUGUCAGUUAAUUCAUUUACGAAGUUUUGGGUUCUGUAGCAGAUUCUGGGAAUACAAAGAGAACAAAACACCCCUGCUGUCCUCACGUUGUUCCUAAUCUAGAGCAGUGGGUGAGCUCUCAAGAGAUCGAUUGAGUGGCAGGAAGAAAACAUCAGCUAAAGUUCUAUUUAUUCUUCAAUUCAAAUAUAAGAAAGAUGUAGCUUGCCUAUUUAUAGUAGUACAGAUUUUAUAAUUAACUUAUAAGUAAAUAUGCUCAAAGCUAUUUUACUAACAGGAAAGUGUGAUCAAAAAGCUUGGUGGCCACUGGUCUGAAGGGAGAGGUAGGCACAUGAAAGGGUUUUUGUGCCCAGGUGUGAUAAACACUAAAUUAGGGCAAGUACCAGCUGCAGUGGAGGCCACCGUGGAGGUGGGGGGAGCUGGAAGAGAAGGGCAUUCCUGAUAAAGGCAGGGGCACCAGAACAUGCAAAGGGUGGCAUGAGAAGGCUUAGUGUAGUGGCAGAGGUCAAUACUUUAAUAAGGUGGGAAUAUAAGGUGGGGGGAGGGUCUGCUAGAUGCCCCUACUGGUUUGGGGAGGGACUGAGGAUUGCGAAUACCAAGAUGGAAGAGAUAGGGCCCCUGCCUGCAGGGUGGACUUAGGGAGAGAAGUGUGCACACGUACCCCAAGGGAAGAGAGUCCAGUGAGAGCCUGGAUUCAGAGAAGGAGUUGGCAUUUGUUGGAAGAGUUUGUGAAACCUUCUCUCUGCCCAGAGCUCCGGGACCAAUGCAUCUUCCCACCACCUUAAACCACUGAGCAGUUCAGAGCCCCAGUUGCAGAAGACUUGUCCUGUUACCACCAUGAGCUCUGAAUGUGAUGUUGGUGUUUCUAAAGCCGUGGUGAACGGGUUGGCGCCAGGCAGCAAUGGGCAGGACAAAGACAUGGAUCCAACGAAAAUCUGCACUGGGAAGGGAGCGGUGACUCUCCGGGCCUCGUCUUCCUACAGGGAAGUCCCAAGCAGCAGCCCCACGAGCCCUCAAGAAACCCCACAACAUGAAAGCAAACCAGUUCUGGACUCAGAGAAUCCCUCAGCAGAUGAGUGGAGGCUCUCUUCCAAUGCUGAUGCCAAUGGAAACGCCCAGCCCUCCUCACUUGCUGCCAAGGGCUACAGAAGUGUGCAUCCCAACCUUUCUUCCGACAAGCCCCAGGAUUCAGGCCCUCUACUGAAUGAAGUUUCUUCAUCCCAUGCUGGAACGGAUUCCCAAAUCUCUGCACCAGUUAGCAAACCAUCAUCUGCCUACCCCUCUACGACAAUCGUCAAUCCUACUAUUGUGCUCUUGCAACACAAUCGAGAACAGCAGAAACGACUCAGUAGCCUUUCAGAUCCUGUCUCAGAAAGAAGAGUGGGAGAGCAGGACUUGGCACCAGCCCAGGAAAAACCCAGCUCACCUGGAAGGGCUCCUGAAAAAAAGGCAAAGGAUGACAGUAGACGGGUGGCCAAGAGCGCUCAGGACCUAAGCGAUGUUUCCAUGGAUGAAGUGGGCAUCCCACUCCGGAACACCGAGCGAUCAAAAGACUGGUACAAGACCAUGUUUAAACAGAUCCACAAGCUAAACAGAGAUGAUGAUUCAGAUCUGUACUCGCCUCGGUACUCCUUUUCUGAAGACACAAAAUCUCCCCUUUCUGUGCCUCGCUCAAAAAGUGAGAUGAGCUACAUUGACGGUGAGAAGGUGGUUAAGCGGUCGGCCACACUCCCCCUCCCAACCCGCUCUUCCUCACUCAAAUCAAGCCCAGAAAGAAACGACUGGGAGCCCCCAGAUAAGAAAGUGGAUACAAGGAAAUACCGUGCAGAGCCCAAAAGCAUUUACGAUUAUCAGCCGGGCAAGUCUUCCGUUCUGACCAACGAAAAGAUGAGUCGGGAUAUAAGCCCAGAAGAGAUAGAUUUAAAGAAUGAACCUUGGUAUAAAUUCUUUUCGGAAUUGGAGUUUGGGAAACCGCCUCCCAAAAAGAUAUGGGAUUAUACUCCUGGAGACUGCUCUAUCCUUCCUAGAGAGGAUAGAAAGACUAAUCUAGAAACAGAUCUCAACCUCUGCCCAGCAGAGUUAGAGGCAGAUUUAGAAAACACGGAGACGCUUAAUAAAGCACCCGGGGCAAACUUGUCACAGAGCUCGACGGUCAGCCCCACUCCAGAAAUUUCUUCAGAGCUUCCUGGAUAUAUAUAUUCUUCCAACUUCCAUGCAGUGAAGAGGGAAUCCGAUGGGGCUCCCGGGGAUCUUGCUAGUUUGGAGAAUGAGAGGCAGAUCUAUAAAAGCGUCCUGGAAGGUGGAGACAUCCCUCUCCAGGGUCUGAGUGGGCUCAAGCGACCCUCCAGCUCGGCCUCCACUAAAGUGGAUCGUAAAGGUGGGAAUGCUCACAUGAUUUCUUCAUCUUCAGUUCCUAGCCGAACGGUUAGCACUAGCAAUGCGUUAGGCCCCUUGUGUAAGCACAAGAAACCCCUGUCCGCUGCGAAAGCCUGCAUUUCGGAAAUCCUUCCCUCUAAAUUCAAACCCAGGCUCUCUGCUCCCAGCGCUCUUUUGCAGGAACAGAAGAGCGUCUUACUGCCAGCAGAAAAGGCUCAGAGCUGUGAGAACCUUUGUGUUUCACUGUCUUUGAAUGAUUCCAAAAGAGGUCUCCCCCUCCGAGUGGGCGGGAGCAUCGAGAACCUGCUCACGCGCUCCCGGCGGGACUGGGACAGCAAGUCGAGCAGCACCGUGAGCCUGCAGGAGUGUGGCACCAGCGCCAGGAGGCCCUGCCCUCUCUCCAGAAGGGCUGGGUUGCAGUUCACUAUGUUCUAUCGGGACAUGCACCAGAUCAACCGAGCUGGCCUCUUCCUGGGUUCCAUCUCCUCCUCGAGCGUGCGAGAUCUUGCCUCCCACUUUGAAAGGAGCAGCCUGACAUUGACCAGGGGUGAGCUGAGCCCCAGCCAGGAGGGCUCAGAGCACAUCCCCAAGCACACCGUCUCCUCUCGCAUCACAGCUUUUGAGCAGCUGAUCCAGCGGUCCCGGUCCAUGCCGUCCCUGGACCUGUCCGGGAGGCUGAGCAAGUCCCCCACGCCUGUACUGUCCCGGAGGGGCCUGAUCUCGGCCCGCUCGGCUGAGUCCCUCCUGGAGUCAACCAAGCUCCGUCCCAGGGAGAUGGACGGGAUGAACCCCGGGGGGCUCUACGCCUCCCCGACAUGUGGCAAUAUGGCCGAGCCCACCUUGGGCUUCAGGGGCCUCGUGCCUUCUGAGCCCCUCUCUGCCUGCUCUGACGAGCUCGACCACUGUUCAAACGUCUCCAGCGACAGCCGAGAGGGCAGCAGCGGCAGUGUCCACGGAGACUUCCCCAAGCACCGCCUCACCAAGUGCAAGGGCACCUGCCCGGCCUCGUAUACCCGCUUCACCACCAUCCGGAAGCACGAGCAGCAGCAGACCUCCAGGCAGCCUGACUGGCGCCCAGAUCUCAGAGGGGACAGGAGCACACUCCUCAGGAACAUCUACCUAAUGAGCCCCCUCCCUUUCCGGUUGAAAAAGCCCCUCCAGUACCACCCCAGGCAGCCUCCCUCUGGUGACUUCUCAGCCCCUCUGGCAGGCCAGAAGCCAGACUUCCCCAGCCAGCCCCAUCAGGACGAGACCCCCUCUAGGGGGAAGCCCUCAGUUCCCAAACGCCUGUCUUCCCGACACACCAUGGCGAGGCUGAGCCGGAUCUUGGAGCCCCCUCAGGGAAGACCUGUGGUCCCAGAGGACUGCCUGAGGGCCUUUAAUAAUGGCAACUCCAUGCCGUCCUCAGACCAUGGCCUGGACAGGAACAACAACCCACAAAGUGAACUGGGAACAUCCCUUGGAGAUUCAGAAUCACCAAGACAUUUUAUACCUGCUGAUUAUUUGGAAUCCACGGAAGAAUUUAUUCGAAGGCGCCAUGAUGAUAAAGAGAAACUUUUAGCGGACCAGAGACGACUUAAGCGUGAGCAAGAAGAGGCCGAUAUUGCAGCUCGUCGCCACACGGGCGUCAUUCCGACGCACCAUCAGUUUAUCACUAAUGAGCGCUUUGGGGACCUCCUCAAUAUAGACGAUACGGCAAAAAGGAAAUCUGGGUCAGAGAUGAGACCUGCCAGAGCCAAAUUUGACUUUAAAGCUCAGACCCUAAAGGAGCUUCCUCUGCAGAAGGGGGACAUUGUUUACAUCUAUAAGCAGAUUGAUCAGAACUGGUACGAAGGAGAGCAUCACGGCCGGGUGGGGAUCUUCCCGCGCACCUACAUCGAGCUUCUUCCUCCUGCUGAGAAGGCUCAGCCCAAGAAGUUGGCACCAGUGCAGGUUUUGGAAUAUGGAGAAGCCAUUGCUAAGUUCAACUUUAAUGGUGAUACACAAGUAGAAAUGUCCUUCAGAAAGGGUGAGAGGAUUGCACUGCUCCGACAGGUGGACGAGAACUGGUACGAAGGGAGGAUCCCAGGGACGUCCCGGCAAGGCAUCUUCCCCAUCACCUAUGUGGAUGUGAUCAAGCGGCCACUGGUGAAAAACCCCGUGGAUUACAUCGACCUGCCUUUCUCCUCCUCCCCAAGUCGUAGUGCCACCGCGAGCCCUCAGUCCCCCGGUCACAGCCAACUCCUCAUGCCGGCCCCCUCAUCUCUGCCCCACCCCCACCGAGCCCUGUCCCCUGAGAUGCACGCCGUCACCUCUGAAUGGAUUUCGCUGACUGUAGGGGUCCCAGGCAGGCGGUCUCUGGCCCUGACCCCACCUUUGCCUCCUCUGCCGGAGACGUCUAUCUACAACACUGACCACCUCGCCUCGUGGGCAAGGCCCGGGCCCUCCCUGUCUCUCAGCCUGCCCCGUUCGAGCUGGGCAGAUCGUUCCACCCCACGCUCCCUGACGUCCCCACUGGCCCUGCCUCCCCCCCACAAAGCCUCCUCCCUGGUGCCCGGUGCCCCGGCCUCCCUGCACAUCAACGGGGACAGUGGUAUCCACGUGCCACCCUCAGGUGUCCGCCCGGAAAGCUUCUCACGGCCGCUGCCGGGGAGCUCUGAUAGGGUCAUCUCCGAGCUCAGCGACGCCUUUAGCAGCCAGGGUAAGCGGCAGCUGAGGCGAGAAGAGCGUGGACAGUGUGAGAGGAGAGCAGAGCGGGAGGCAGGUGACAGAUGCCCUGGAGCACCCAAGAUCUCUAAGAAGAGCUGCUUGCGACCUUCAGACGUGGUCAGGUGCCUGAGCGCGGAACAGAGACUCUCAGAUCUCCACGUCCCCGAGGAGAGCCGGCCCAGCAAGCCCCUGGGUAGCCCUUUUCCGGGAAGGGAGGCUGAGCAGACAGAGCCGCGUAGAGGUGGCGAGCAGGCUGAGAGGAGGGCUGCUGGGAGUGCUGUGAGCCAGCAACCUCAAGCCCAACAGCGAAGAGUCACCCCCGACAGGAGUCACACCUCACAAGAUUUAUUUAGCUACCAAGCAUUGUAUAGCUAUAUACCACAGAAUGAUGAUGAAUUGGAACUCCGAGAUGGAGAUAUUGUUGAUGUCAUGGAAAAAUGUGAUGAUGGAUGGUUUGUUGGUACUUCAAGAAGGACAAGGCAAUUUGGUACUUUUCCAGGCAACUAUGUAAAGCCUUUGUAUCUAUAAGAAGAUUGAAAACCACAGAGAUUAUUUUUAUUGGAUGAUGAAGCAUAAUUCACGAACUGGUCUCUUUAUUUAAACAUUGAGUCAGUAGGAAAACUAACGCAGUGGAUAAAGUAAGAAGCAAAAGAGAGGGACAGAGAAGUGUUGUGUCUGAAGCCUGAGCCUGUGUGAACGUACAGUGUCAGGCAGGCUGAACUGAGAAAAAAGGAAUGAGGCAAAUCUGUAUUUACUUAGCUGCUUCUGGGAGCCACUCCAAGCCUUCCCUGCCUCUCCCCCUCUUGGGUAAUCUGACCUGUAACACGGGCCAGGAUCAGUGAGGUCAGAAAUGCCUCUUGCUGCCCCAGCCUUGACCAGCUUUUGCUCAAAGGGGUCAUUUAGCCGGAAGCAGCCCUCAGAGCUUCAGGCAGACCCCUGGCCAUUCUCCAAAGGCUCUACACCCCAACCACCCAGAGCCCCAUUUCCAAACACUGCUGGGGAUCAGCUCGGGCUGCCGAGGCCAUCCCUGGAGGCCCCCAGGCUACCCAAGACCACGUCCCUCACUCCUGGGGUACGUGGGGAAAUGGAGGCAGAACACAGAAUGCCCUGUGCAUUCAGCCGACAUGCAGCAUUGCUCUUGACGCCCCUGGUGUUCAGACAGAAAAGAACAUGAGGUUUGCCCGUGGGAGCGGGGUGCCCGGGUCAGAUAGUUAUAUUUGUAUAAGUUAAGAAGCUCUGUAGUUAUCGAGGUCACUUGUGGUGUACUCUUUCCCAUAUCUCUGACUUUUGUAAGUGGUCACCUUUAGCACAGUUUCAUUUAGCAGAAUGCCACUGCUAACCUUUCUUUUCUGGAUUGUUUUUGAUCAGAGCAGUUUGGGGUUGAUGGACCUAUCCUGACAAGGCACAAGGAUGGCAUCCAGUGAAUCAUUUCACAUACGCCGGAUGCUGGGGCCACUGAUGAGCAGGAUGUGCUCCACACCUUAGCACAGACUCCCUGCAGCAGUUCAGGCACCACCCACAGUGCAGUAGCCCAGGGUCGUGAGCCCCGAUGCACCCUGGUGAGGCUUCUCUUCGAGCAGAAGGUGCCCAUGCCCCGGCCCGAAGUGCGAGGCAGUGGUUCGCCACUCCCAGGAUGUCUGUGCUUUGCGGGGCUACAUCUGAGGAGGGAGGGCCCUGUGACACCCGGGGUGCUCCAGUCACAUCUCCAUCCAGUUCAAGGAUGUUUCUCAGCCUCUCUGCUAGACCCCUUAGAAAACUAGAGAAAUGACCCGCUCCCUGCCCGCCAGGAACUCAGAGGUGAUUGGAGAGGUACACACACUCAAAUACUGAAUCAAGAGAGACUGUGAUAUGUGCGAAGAAGGGUAUGAGAGAGGAGGAGGAGAUUACCUUUCCCUGGAGAGACCCUAGGAAGCAUUGUCGUAUUUCUGUCUCCAUGAGCUCGCUCUUGAACAACUAGGCUGCUUAGAAGAACCUUCCUCUGAGGGUAGUUUAUGGCUGGAAAUUCUUGGAACUGUUUCCAGAGUUUUCACACUCUUAUCCUCCCCACAAAUACGCAUCCAAGGUCACAAACAGGAGUAGCAAUUCUAGGUGGUAGGGUGUAUACAGGAAUCCUGGCUCUCUGCGUGUAGCUCAGAAUUGCCCCAGGACCAUUGUCCCAAAACCUGGAGUCUUUACAGGUAGGCAGAGUUUGUCUUCAGUGCCUCCGUCCCACCUUCUGUGUCUGCCAUUCAUCUACCCAUCACCUGUCCACCCCCGUACCCCCAUCAGAGAGCCUCAUUCUCUUCCUGUCCUCCUUUCAAAUGUUGGCCUCAGGAAAGAACCUGCCACUGACUCCUUCACACUGGAGUGUAAAUGACCGGUAAGAGGAAUGUGUUACUUCUUCCUGGAGACACUUGUUUUUAGCUAGGACAGAGCAGAGCCUUAACCCCAAGGGAUGAGGCAGUGGAACUAAUGGUGGUGGUAGGGGGUUGGGGUGGGGUGGAGGAGCUUCCUGGGUAGAAAGAGCCUUUUUGAUAUUCUUUAACACUCAUUGCUUUGGAAGGUCGACUUCAGCAUCCAAGGGCACUGUCUGACUCUCUGAGGGACUAUAGUACAAGUGCACAUGCACGUGCAUUUUGCACAACAGCAUUUCACUCAUUUUUGGAACAUAAUUCUCGUAUUGGCUAAUGUGUUUCCUGGUCUUUCUUAGAUGCAAACCAUUAAUAACGACCUUAUUCUAAUAGCUUUUUGAGGGGUGCUUCUUAAGUAGGUAAUUUUGAACACCUCUUUCAAUACAGCUAGAAAAUAAAACCAAUUUGUAAAGCCACAUUUGCAUUUGAUGCCAGCCUCACGCAUUUGUAUAUCUUCAGAAACCCAGGUAUGCCUCACCAAUUUGCCCGUCUUUAAUAAAAUCAUGUUAAAAUUUGCAUCAAACUUCAGCUUCCUAUGUAUGACAGAACAAGGAACAAAGUUUCCAACUGCUCUUUUGUCCUCAAACAUUUAGUAAUAUAAAAUACCUAUUUUUAUGCUGAAAUAUUUAUACAGGUUUAUUAAUAGCAAGUGCAACUAACUGGCGCCAUGCCUUGCAACACAUUUUGAUAUAUUAGCCAUGCUUCUGGGUAAAGGCAAGCCCCCAACUACUUAUCUUUUGCAGUCUCUCUGGGAUCAGUUAAAAAAAUCAUAUGCGUAAGAAGUAGGACUGUAAAUAUGUAUAUUUAACUUUGUAUAGCCCAUGUACCUACUUUGUAUAGAAAAAUAAUUUUAAAAAUUUGAACUGAAGGGGGGGUGAAAUAAGGAAGUCAUGAAGUUUUUUGCAUUUUUAUUUAAAUGAAGGAAUUCCAAAUAACUCACCUGCAGAUUUUUAGCACAAAAAUAGCCAUUGUAAAGUGUUAAAAUUUUAAAUAAUCAUUCUUUCUGGGAGAGAAGGUAAUUGUGAUCUCAGUUAUAGGUUUUUUAUUUUGGUUUUGAUUUUUUUUUUGUUUUUGUUUUUUUUUUGUUUUUUGGCUGUCUUAUUUAUCUACAGUAGUAUUAAGUUCUUUUGCUAGAAUAAGUUACUACAAAGAAGAUUAUAUUCUGAAAGAAAAAUAACUGACAUUAUAUAUAACCAAUUAAUUUAAAGUGUUGCCAUUUACACACCAAGAGCAUGUACUAUGCAGACACAGAUUUUUCCAUUCAUUUAUUUUUCUUUAUUGCGGUGGAUUGAUUUGAUAAAUGGAUGUGUUGAAUUAUUACAUUUGCUGUACAUAUUAUUUAAUAAACUUUAUUCAGAAUUGCGUGGCA